UAGUCAGUCACACAAUACGUAAGGCUUCUCCCAGGUAUAAAAGCUCCUUAAAUUGUAAGGCCUCUCAGUCAUUACUUGUGAUUUGCAGAGGACAAUUACAAUGGCUGCACUUUCUUUUAGGCUCCUUUCCUUUCUUUCUUCUCUCUUCCUGAUAAUCAUAUCGCAAAGCAGCGCCCAGACCUGUGAUAACGGAAAAGGAAACUACACUGCCAACAGCACCUAUCACAAAAACCUCAACACCCUUUUAUCCAGUUUUUCUUCCAACACACAAAUUAAUUACGGCUUUUACAAUUUUUCAUAUGGCCAAUACACAGACAAAGUAUACGCCAUUGGCCUCUGUCGAGGCGAUAUUGACCCAUUCAAGUGCCGCAGUUGCCUAAACGACUCCAGAGUGUCCCUCACACGGAGCUGUCCAAACCAGAAAGAGGCAAUCAUGUGGACUGGAGAGUGCAUGUUGCGCUACUCUCACCGCCCAAUAUUUGGGGUCCUGGAAAAUGAUCCAAGGACAAUACUCUAUUAUCAAAAGAAUGUAACAGGAUCGGUGGAUGCAUUCAAUGAUGGGCUACAGAACUUGAUGAGGAAACUAACAAAUGAAGCUGCAUCAGGUGACUCUCGUCUUAAGUAUGCUCCAGGUACCACUCCUUCUCCGGAUUUUCAAACCACAUACGCUUACGUGCAGUGCACGCCUGAUUUAACAACGGAAGAAUGCAGUAACUGCUUGAAUGAUGCUAUCUCAGAAAUCCCAGGUUGUUGUACUGGCAAGGCUGGAGUUAACGUUUUAAAACCCAGUUGUAGAAUUAGAUUUGACCCUUAUAGCUUCCUCGGUCCUACGCUGAAAUUAGACCCAGAUGCACCACCUCCAUCCACAUCACCCUCCUCCAACAACCCUCCUUCUCAAGGAAACACCAACACGUCACGAACUAUCAUCGCCAUAGCAGUGCCAGUUGCUGGUGUUGUGUUGCUCCUUGGUUUUAUCUGCAUCUAUCUAAGACUGAGGAAGCCAAGAAAACACUUUGAAAUUCAUAGAGAAGAAGAUGAUCAUGAAGAUGAAAUUUCGAUUGCUGAAUCGUUGCAAUUCAACUUUGACACCAUACGGGUUGCUACAGAUGACUUCUCUGAUUCUAAUAAACUUGGGCAAGGCGGGUUUGGAGCUGUUUACAGGGGUCAGUUUCCCAAUGGAGAAUUGAUUGCUGUCAAAAGGUUGUCAAGGGAUUCUGGUCAAGGAGAUAUAGAAUUUAAAAAUGAAGUGCUUUUAGUGGCCAAGCUUCAACACCGAAAUUUAGUUAGGCUACUUGGUUUCUGUCUGGAAGGAAGAGAGAGGCUACUUGUCUACGAAUUUGUUCCCAAUAAGAGCCUUGAUUACUUCAUAUUUGAUCCAAUAAAGAAAGCACAAUUGGAUUGGCAAAGGCGCUACAAAAUAAUUGGAGGUAUUGCUCGAGGGCUUCUCUACCUCCAUGAGGAUUCUCGACUGCGUAUUAUACAUCGUGACCUCAAAGCAAGCAACAUUCUCUUAGACGAAGAGAUGCACCCUAAGAUCUCUGAUUUUGGAAUGGCAAGACUGGUUUUUGUGGAUCAGACUCAAGCAAAUACAAAUAGAAUCGUUGGAACCUUUGGAUAUAUGGCACCUGAGUAUGCAAUAUAUGGACAGUUUUCAGCGAAAUCAGAUGUGUUCAGUUUUGGGGUAUUGGUUCUUGAAAUUGUGAGUGGCCAGAAAAACAGUGGUAACAUUCAUCGUGGGGAGAAUGUGGAGGAUCUACUGAGCUUUACAUGGCGAAACUGGAGGGAGGGAAGAACUACAAAUAUUAUGGAUCCCACGUUAAACAACAGCUCACAAAAUGAAAUAAUGAGAUGCAUCCACAUUGGAUUACUAUGUGUUCAAGAAAAUGUAGCUGCCCGACCAACCAUGGCUUCAGUUGCACUAAUGCUUAAUAGCAAUUCUCUGACUCUCCCAGUUCCUUCAGAACCUGCAUUUGUUGUUGACAGUAGAACUGGAAGCGUUCCAGACAUGCUGUCAUCGGAGCAUAAUUCAAGGGAAACAAAUAGAUCAAUUCAAGAAUCGGUGAAUGAGGCUUCAAUUACUGAGCCAUAUCCUCGCUAGAUCUUGCUAUUACUGAAACAGAAUGCAAUCAUGUCAUGCCUUUUCUUCAAUUAGUCAAAUUGGUUGCUUUCUUUUUUUAUUGGAUUUCAAUAUUUGGUUUCCCAUUCUAAUUGUUCUAUUAUUCUAUACAUGCUCUGGAUCUGAAACUGCAAUGACUUUUUUUUUUUCUUCUUAAUUUACGUGAACCACUUUCU